AUGGCGGCGAGUAAACCAAAAUACUCUGCAGGAUCUCCUCAGGAACAUAUACAAAUGUGUAAAAAUCAUGAUAUACCUAUCGAUUUGGUGUGUGAGGAUUGUGAUGAAUUCAUUUGUUCUACUUGUGCAAAAACAGACCACAAUAAACAUAACUGGGUCACACAGGGUGUGGCCGCCAGUCGAAGGAGAAAGGGACUUUUGGAGUUUCUGAGGAAUAUAAAGGAAGAGAAAGUGUCAGAGAUAGAUGAGAAGAUGACAAGUAAGAAGACUGAGUAUGAAAGAACAUACGAAUCCCAGAUGAAAAAAGUAAAGAAGCAUUUUGACGAAAUCACGGCCAGGUUGACAGAUAUCAGGAAACGCAAAGAGGAGCUAUUGAAAAGCAAUCUGAAGAACUAUUCCAUUCGAUACAGAGGAGGGGACAUUGACGAUGAUUUGUUGGAGUCCAUGUCAGGUCAAUGUUUUGAUUUAGAUGAUAUCAGUGCUAAGGCAUCAGAUUCGUUUAAAUACAGUGAACAUAUAAUUUUAUGUUCAGAGGCUUUAAGUGAAGAUGACUGUUACGUACGAGAUUCAGAAUCAGAUUUCGUUGAACUGAUUAACAGAAAAGGAGAGAGGAAGCAGAAAUUAAAUUUUGAUUCAAAUGAUUUUUGUGUAACAACUAGUGGUAUUUAUUUCACAUCGAAACAGGAAAGUUCUAUUUGUUAUUUUUCUCCAUCAGGGUCUAUCUCGAAACUUUUUAAUACUGACCCCGUGGAACCUGGAGGAAUAUGUAAUUCUGUGGAUGGUGGAAUUUUUGUUGGUUUUGGAGAUUCUGAAACGAAUGCUUAUACACCAGACUCGAACAGUCGACGUUUAGUGAAACACUUGACAAUGACCGGUGAUGUCAUCCAUGAGUACGAGUACCAAGAGGACGGGGAGGUUGUGAUUGUAUCUCUCUCUGGUCGCUUGCAAUCCGUCUAUCGUGGACAGAAUCUGAAGGAGGACUUUUAUCCACUAGACUUGGUGUGUGAUUCCACCUGCAACAUUCUUGUUAUUGAUCCAGCCAAUAGUCUUGUUCACUUGAUGAGUCCUAAAGGGGAGUUUUUGAAAUACUUACUGACAGAAAAAGAGGUAACACACCCAACGACAUUAUCACUGUACAAGUCUGCACUUGAUCGAUUUGACAUCAUCCACACAGAAGAACUAAUGCCUACAAAGGCUAAUACCCAGCAAGUCCAGCUGCUGCCAGAGAGCAACAUAGCAGCAUUUAGAGGCAACAAAAACACAACCACUGGUUCUGGUAGCAACACAACAGAUUUCCAUAAGAUGCCCCAGAGCACAUAA